AGUUAGGUCAGUGAAGAGGGGUUCGGUUUUUAAAAGCGACGGUCGGAGAUUGAGUUGAGGAAUAGAAGGAGGCAGUGAUUUUGUGAAGAAACGUUCCGUAGGUGAGGUUCAAGUGCUAAGAUGGAACAUGAAGCAGAACAACCCAUUCCGGUUCAAGUAGGAAGCUCAGAUGGUUCUGGCCGUGUAAGUUGGGUAAGGAAGAUGCUAUUUCGCCGAAUGCUGGUUGGGAUCAAAGAUGGAAGGUUCUUCUUGGGUGGCUUCUACUGCCUUGACAAGCAAGGGAACAUUAUUCUCCAGGAUACUGUGGAGUACCGAAGCACUCGACAAUCAUCGCCUUCUCCAAUGGAGCAGAGGUGCCUUGGUCUUAUUCUUAUUCCUUCUUCUUGUCGCACGUCAUGUCAUGUGGAUUGCUCUGUAGAUGAACAAUUGUCUCUGCUAUCACUUCAUGAAAAAUGAGUACUUUUGGGUUUCAUUUGCUCUGUUGAUGAAUUGUCAAUGGAAUUGAAGAUUUUAGUGUUUCAUGAAUCCUGUGUUGUGUUAAAACAUAGUAUUGUGGCACUUGCUUAGGUUUCAAUCAUUAAAGAAGGAUUGUGGUUUACCACGAGUGUAAAAUGUUUUUUGUUAAAGAUUUGAUUGGAUUUUGGAACAAAAAAAAUAAAAUUAUGUUACUGACA